UUCAUAAGAAGUUGUAAAAAAUAAGAACAAGUCGCGUGCCACACGUCUUAUACACUCAACAUGCACCCCCCAUCGCAUUGGUUAUUCACCCUCACCACCAAAACGAACAACACGCCAAGUAGUUUCGUAGAAAUCCUCAAAGCCUCUCAGAGUCUCACUUGUAAGUUGGCUACACCCAACCGGAUAUACCAGUCUGCACGGUCUGAUCAACUCGGAUGGAUCUUCUAUCUCCUGUUCACUUUUUUGGUCAUUGUCCAUUCGCUGGCCAUCGUCGCGAGUAUCUGACACGGUUACAAGUCGAUCGUCAAAGACGGGCGAAAUGUCGCCAUCGUCGCAGCCGUAAACACUUUCAACUUUAAUUGUGAAGACUCUUAAAAACAAAAAAACAAGAACAAGCCAGGUGGAUGAAAGGGCUGUGAAACAGUUUCGUCGCACCACGCAGUGAAAUUCCGAAAAAAAUUGCCAACAGCUUCUAGUGUAUAGCGUUCCGCAAGAAAGAAGAUGAAGAUACGGGCUGCUGCUGAGGGUCUCUGAUCAGCAGCUCAUCCUGAUCUGCUGGUCUAAGCGAAUCUCGUGACAGUUGCCAACCAUCAAGGGUCGAGCCAACAUGCCGAUACCUUGAUCUCCACUGUUGUACGCAGCAACUUUAAUACAUUUAAAAUUUAAGAAUUUUAACAUUCCCCCCUAAAAAAAAAAUGUGGCGAGAAUUUCUCAUGAAGAUGCGCUCAAGGGAUUCUUCCCAAAGGUCCGAGAACUGCUCAAGUGAUAGCGACAGUGAGGGAACGUGUGAUAGUGAUUAUUCCGGCCUAAGCGGUCAUUACAGCUUCCGCAAUCAAGAGAAGGAUAAUAACAGUGCUGAAUUCAAAAGGACUCAAACUAAGCGAUUCAAUGGAAGUCGAUUUCUGCAGAGUCACGUUGAGACGGAAUCGACGUCCAACAGCGCAGUCAUCAUGUCGGGCGUUGUCGACCAAGAGUCUUGCAAUACCUGGCGUGAAAAAUUCGAGUUUACCUUGUCGCUCAUCCGUGAGCCGAGGUACCUUCUGGCCGAGACACUUGUGGCCGAGCAACUCAAACUGACCCUUAAGCAACAAGCUUAUAGACUGGAACAAAUUUUAGUACGCCAGACAAUUGACGAACAUCAAAAGAAAUCCACAGAGUCCCCGUCAGAAGCAGCAGGAGCAGCAACAACAACAGCUUCAACCACCACAACCAACAAUCACGGUAAAUCUUCUUCCACCAGCAGCAGCAGGCGAGCUGACGGAGAUAAAGCCGGUGCGGAUAUUGAGUCGUUAAAGAAACAAUUGUUAAUUGUCGACCAGCGACUAGCCACCUUGACCGGACGACUGGAAGUACUUAAAGCAGUUCAACAAGUUCUGCCAACUGUUCCUUCCGGCGCUGAAACAAAUUCCGAAACCGACGAGCCGGAUUCGUUGGAAACGGCAAAGGAUGUUACGUCACCGAUGCACAGUGUAACCGGAACAAUCCGCCAGCAGAAGAAAGGCGUCGGUAAAAUAACCAGUUCCAACACACAAUCGGCCAAUGAAAGCGAUUUGUUGGCCUUAUUACAACUGGAACGCCUAGCCCAGCAAGCCAGCCGACGUGAUUACGAACUACUGCGGAAGCAGUACCAACGGCUCAAAGAGGAAUUGGAAUGGCGUGAUUCGGGUCACGGCGAUGAUUUUGGCGAUGCUGAAUUGUCAUCGGAACUCAUCAGUGAUCGGGACCGAGAUUCAGACAGCGUUCAAAUGAAACCCUGCGUGGCCCUCAAGAGUUGGACGUGGCGUAGCAGCAGUACAGCCAGCCGACAAUCGGCGGCUACCAUCCGGCAGAGCCACCGAGGCGACAACACUUCCACCUGCUCAUCUUUGGAGUCGACGUCACUGGCCAGAGAAAACAAACAUUUGUGGAACGAGGUACACGCAAGAGACAGAAUCAUCGCUCAGUUGCGGUCGGCAAUUGCUGAACUGGAACCCGUCACCGAGAACGCACGAGCCGAAGCCGCACAAAGCGACAUGAUCAACAAGGAGCUCGAUAGAAAAAACCAGGAAUUACAAAUGGUCAUCAACAAUCUAACGGCCAAUAUCGAGGCAUUAAGAGCAUACCAAUUAACAGAGCAGCACACCCAUGACAAGGCAUUCAUAAGCAGCGACGACAACAUCCAGCGAAAGCGGACUUACAAAGUGAAUGAGAACAAGGAAUUUGUCCAGAUGCGUGGUCUGAUUGCCGAGCUUCAACAGAAGGAAAAUGAGUACAAAGCCAGGAUAGAACAAUUGGAGAAGGUGUUGCGUCAGUCCAAUUCUCUGCCCGAAGUUCCCAACUUGGAGGAACUCGAACGACACGUCACUCACAUGGAACAAGAGCUGGAAAUGAAAAACGAACGACUGGCGGCUUUCGAACAAUACGUAGCCGCAAAAGAGGAAGAGCACUCUACUCUGAAACGUGACCUAGAAACGUUGCAGGAAGAAAACAGCCGACUGAAAUCCCAAGUCGAAGAAACCAUCUACCGUGACAGAGAGAGUAACACCGAAAAGUUGGAACAAUUAGGUCGGGAAUUACAGCAGGCAAUGGAGGCCAACAAACGCUUGAUAGAAGACAUCAACCGUGAGCGUGUGUUACGUAAAAAGUAUUUCAACACGAUCGAAGAUCUCAAAGGUAAAAUCCGAGUCUACUGCCGGCUUCGACCGUUAACCCCGGUGGAGCAGAGAGUUCAGCACUCGGUGGCUGAUGUCGUCGAUCCCUACACGCUCGUCAUAAACACUCCAAAAGGACCUAAAGAAUUCCAUUUCGAUCGCGUGUUUCUGCCAGACGACACGCAAGAAACCGUCUUUGAAGACACGCAUACACUCGUCCAGUCAGCUUUCGAUGGUUACAAUGUCUGCAUAUGCGCGUACGGACAAACCGGUAGCGGGAAGACACACACGAUUAUAGGCGACGACGUCCAUCCCGGAUUGGCCACUCGAACGUUUCAGCGAAUUUUCCAACUAGCCAACGAUCACCAAGCUCAAUUUGAUGUCCAAGUUUCUUGUUCAAUGUUGGAACUUUACAACGAUAAACUCAUCGAUCUCCUACGCUUAAGCGAUCAAGCCGAGGUAAAAUUGGAGAUCAAAAAAGACAAGCGCGGUAUCGUGUGGGUGCAAGGCUCACGAAUAUCUCCCGUUGCCAACGCCAACCAGUUGUCAGACUUGUUCCAUCGCGGUCUCAGCUCGCGUCACACGGGCUCGACUCGCAUGAACGAUCGUAGCAGCCGGUCGCAUCUGAUAGUCAGCAUCAACAUCGAGUGCACAAGUCGGCUGCACGGCACCGUCAUCCGCGGAAAGGUUAGCCUGCUCGAUUUGGCUGGCAGCGAGCGUUUCGCCAAAUCGGGAUCAACUGGGGACCAGCUCCGGGAAGCUUCUUCAAUCAACAAAUCGUUAUCAACUUUGGGCGACGUCAUCUCCGCUUUAGCCAGUGAGCAGCCCCAUACGCCCUACCGAAAUAGCAAACUGACAAUGUUAAUGCAAGACUCGUUGGGCGGAAACGCUAAAACACUUCUCUUCGUCACCGCCUCCGUUGCCGCCUUCAAUCUAGACGAGACGUUAACGUCACUGACAUAUGCUUCCCGCGCCAAAGCUGUCACUAAUGCAGCCCAGAAGAAUGCCGAUUGCAAGGAGAUUGCACGCCUCAAAGCGAUUAUUCAGAAACUCCGACGAGGAGAGGAUGACGUCGAAGACACCAGUUGAAGAAUUUUUGGGAGACUUUUGUUCUUUUUAUUUUGUAAAUUAGAGCAUGUUCAUACAAACAUUUCCAGCGGA